CCGCCCGCCGGCGCCCCGCACGCUAACCCACGACCGAGCGGCGGCGGCAGCAGCGGGCUGCGGGCUGCGGGCUGCGGUGACUCGCACCGGCGCGCUCCUGGCAGCGCUAGCCAUCCCAGGUGACUGGGACUCGCUGGAUCGGCUGGCCCGGGGUCCUCCGCCCCAGCUUGCGCCCCCAGCCCGGGUUCCGGCGCCCACCUGCCUUCUUGCCCUCUCCACCCUCUCACCUUCCUCCCCCUCCACCCUCCAGGCUCGCGGGAAGGAAGGUCGCGGCAGCGGCCCGGCGGCACCGGCGACCGUGGCGACAGCGGCGACAGUGGCGGCGGCGGCUGCGGCUGCGGCGGCGGCGGAGGCUGCGGCGGCGACCGUGGCAGAGGCGGUGGCAGAGGCCUCCGUGGCGGAGGCGGAAGCAGAGGUGGAGGCCGAGGCCUCAGUAGAGGAGGCAGUGGCGGAGGCCACCCUGGGGGAGGCGGUGGCAGCCCUGGCGGAGGAGGAGGCGGAGGCUGCACUGGCGGCGGCGGCCGUGGCGGUGGUGGAGGCCAGCGAGGCCGAAGCCGCCGCCGCCGUAGCGGAGGCUGCGGCGCCCGCCCUGGGGGAGGCGGAUGCGGAUGCCGCUGCGGAGGUGGAGGCAGCGGUAGCGGCCGCGGCGGCGGCGGCUGCUGCCGCCGCGGAUGCAGAUGCGGAAAGCGGCGGGGGCUCCGAGGGGAACCCGGACUUUCCUAUGGCCUCGCUGUACGUGGGCGACCUGCACCCUGAGGUGACGGAGGCAAUGCUGUACGAGAAGUUCAGCCCGGCCGGGCCCAUCCUCUCCAUCCGCCUUUGCAGGGACAAGAUCACCCGCCGCUCGCUGGGCUAUGCGUAUGUCAACUACCAGCAACCGGUGGACGCCAAGCGGGCCCUGGAGACCCUGAACUUUGAUGUCAUCAAGGGCAGGCCGGUGCGCAUCAUGUGGUCCCAGCGGGACCCCUCGCUCCGCAAGAGCGGAGUGGGCAACGUCUUCAUCAAGAACCUGGGCAAGACCAUCGACAACAAGGCUCUGUACAACAUCUUCUCUGCGUUCGGUAACAUCCUGUCCUGCAAAGUGGCCUGCGACGAAAAGGGGCCCAAGGGCUAUGGGUUCGUGCACUUCCAGAAGCAGGAGUCCGCCGAGCGGGCCAUAGAUGCGAUGAAUGGCAUGUUCCUGAACUACCGCAAAAUUUUCGUUGGGAGAUUCAAGUCGCAUAAAGAACGAGAGGCCGAAAGGGGAGCCUGGGCCAGGCAGUCCACCAGUGCUGACGUCAAGGAUUUUGAGGAAGACACCGAUGAGGAGGCCACCUUGCGAUGAAAACAUCCCAGGAGCGAGCCAGCCAGCAGAGCCAAACCUUGGCUCCCACCCGGUUUACAAACCCCCCACCCAUCCCAUUCCCCCCAACCCACCAGCAGUGUAUUGUAUUGGGAGUGCAGGUCUCUCUUUCACCCCUUCCCUCUCUCUCUCUCUCUACUUCCCCCUUCCCUUUCCUCCCCUCCUGCCACACCCACGUUGGGUGUUGUGAAUAAUCUUGCUAAUCUGUGCCACUUGAUAGUUAAGGCUGCCUCUUCUCCUUGUGGUUUGGUUUAAAAAGCACUUUCUCUCUUUGUUUAUUGCACAGGUGAUGCAAUAUCAUGGUAGAAACAUCAGGAAGGAAAAGGAAAUCACAUGAGGGAAAACAAGAGAGUAAUUGCUCCCCAUGACCCUACUACCCGGAGACAACCACUUUUACCAUUUUGGUGUGCUGUUUUCAAGGCUCUCAUUUCCUUUCUCUCUCUCUCUCUCUCUCUCUCUCUCUCUCUCUCUCUCUCUCUCUCUCUCUCGCUCACCCUUCCUCUCCUCCACCCCACCUUCCCUUUUAACACAGUGUUAUAGAAUGGUUCAUGUAUGUGGUGUUUCUUAACCUGCUUUUUCAAAAACUAAAACCAAACAAACGUCAACCCAUUGAACUUCUUUCCAUGAUAUUCAACAGGCUUGAGAAAGGUCAUCUUCUGUGCCUGCAGAGUGUAUCUAUGGACCCUAACAUUUCUGUAAUCAUUGCCACAUUGUUGGACAUUCAGGUGGUGCCUAGUUCUUUCCCUGUGUUUAAACCCAGCACUGUGUAUACUCUGAUGAGUGAAUUCUUCCUUGUCAAGCCAAAUCUUUGCUAGCGUACAGGAUGUUCUUAAUUGUGGACUUGCAGGAUCCACAUGUGGACAUUUUAAAGACUGUUCCUUUGUGUUGCCCAAUGGCCCCUUCAUAAGCAUUGUACCAAUUUACAUUCAUGCCAGCCACCUCAACUAGUAAAAACAGUAUGCCCAUUUCCCCUACAUAGUCUCCUGGUCACUGUAAUUGGUGUGUGGGGGGGGAGGGGGGCUGUGUGUGCGCGUGCACGCUGCAUGCGUGUGCGUGUGUCUUGGCCAGCUUGAUGGGCUGCAAAUGGUAUUUUUCUGUCCUUAGUUGUUUUGCUGAAUUUAAAUACUGUUUAUCACCUCCUUCCCCUGAGCCCACUUCCUGCCCUUUUCCCCAUUCUCAGAAAAAUAAUCCAGCUUCAUUGUAUGAAGAAAAAAUCACAAAGCAGACAAGUCAACAGAAGAAAAUUAAUGUCACAAGUAAUCAAUCUUAAUGAUCACCCAUACCUCCCUGAAUCAUUCAUCUACACCUGCCCAGUAUUUUUCCUGUGAUAUAUAUGUGAAUUGUAAUGUAUAUACUGUUUCAUUAUCUGCUUUUUCACAAUAAAUAUAUAGAUAGAUAUAGAUGUAUAGAUAGAUAUUAUUGAACUUCUUUUCAUGUCAUUAAAUAUUCUUCUAAAAUAGUUUCCAUGGCUGUUUAGUAUUCCAGGGAAUGGGAUAGAUAAAGGAACAGAUAGGUGUAUACAUCUGUAUCCAUAUGUAGAUAUAGAUAUGGGCAUAUUUGUUUUCACUAGUUCGUCAUCACUGAACAUCUGGAUGGCUUCUUUGUUUUUUGUUUUCUUAUUCAAAUCCAAGUUGCUUAGAGCAUAGUGCACAAAACUUGGUUACAUUUUAGAUUUUUUUUCCUGAACAAACAUUGUCAAGAGAAGAAUUGAAGUGUUCAAGUUUUGAAAUAUUUUUUGGGGGGUCAUUAUUAAGUGGCUAUUCACAAAUAUAGUUAUCAUUUUACCCUCAUCAAGUACAACAUUGUGAGGGGGCCUGGAAAUCUGGACAAUUUUCUGGACUUGCUAUUACAAUCAUUUCUGUACUCUUCCAAUAUUUUAUCAGGGUAGCUGUAGUUUUUUUUUUUUUAAACAUUUAUUUUUA